CAAAACUUGUGGUGUUGAGUUGACUCGAGCCCGAUGAUGAGUACGACAAGCCUCCUGCAAGCCCCAACCCAAGCGCUCGUGGACCUCUCGCUGCCACUGGGCACGAACAAGAACUCGCUCGACAUUGCGUCUGGCGGCGCCGUCCUCCGCAAGUCCUUCAACGCCUGGGACGACGUGCUUCUUUGCCGCGCGGUCAACGCCCGCAAGCCAUGGACGGCCCCGAGCGGCGAGAUCAUGCUCUACUGGGCCGAGAUCGCCGACACGCUCAUGCGCACGCGCGGCUUUGGCGUCAAGAAGGACGGACCGGCCUGCAAGACGCGGUUCGAGAAGAUUUUGCGCAUGACGAUCGGCGGCGAGAAAGAGAUGCUGCGCAAGACAGGCACGGACGACGAGUACGACGAGCGCGAGCGCCUUUUGCGCAACAUGUACGAGCAGAUCGAUCAGUACCGCGACGGCCGCGACGGCGACGUCUCGCACAAGGUGCUCGGGGACCUCCACGAGGACGCCGAGUCGAUCGAGAACAAGCGCAAGCGCAAAGGAAAGGCGCUGGCUCGCAUCAUCUCAAAGCGCGAGCGGCUCAUGGACUCGAUCACGGGCACCGCGAUUGCAUCGACGCCGCCGACGCGCGACGAGUUCAAGUCCAUCUUUGAGUACCUCCAGCGGCGCAUGGAGAUUGACGACGCGCGCGAAGAGCGCCGCAUGCUCGCCGAGAAGGAGAUGGAGGAGCGACGAACGGCUGCGGAAGAGCGCCGCAUGGCGUCCGAGCUUGAGCGCGACCGCCAGCAGCAAGAGUUCAUGGUCAAGGUGCUCAACAUUAUGCAGAGCAAGUGAGCAGGAUGAUGUUGCAGUGAGCCGUUCCGAUAGCAGUAAUAGAUGGUCGUCGUCGUGUGUGAGUCGAAAUGAAGC